AUGAAAUUAUACGUUGUGUUGAAUAUGCUUGAAAUUUUGGAGCGAUUGCUCAGAUCGUUAGGGAUGGACCUCAUAGAUAAUAUGAUUCGAACUUUCAUCAGAAUUAUUAACUUACGAUCCUAUGUGUACAUUGUUAGGAACCAUUAUACGAGUAAAGAGAACGAACGAGAGGCAGGGGGAAUGCCCGGAAUGACGGAACACAACCCAGGUCGGGCUCCGCAAGGUAGCAAAAAGACAACCUUCCUAGCAUCUUCGCCCACAACUGCCACCACAAGCACAACUGCAGCCACCUAUGGGGGAUCCCCGACCCAAGCGGAACACUUCCCAGACAACAAAUCGCCAACCCCGAAACAUCUAAUCCCAUGUGAGGCACCCCAGAAGGAUGACCAACUGACGAACAAACCAACAGGCAUUUGCCAAAUUAGCAACAGUACACAAAACGCGGAAAAGUGUAGAAAUAAAAUUACUACCACCACCAGGCAUAACCAAAACCAGAAGCAGAAUCAGCUCAAUCCAAACGAACGAGAAAAAAACAAAAUUGAUGGUCUCAAAAAUAAUAACAAGGAUGACCAAAUGAACAAGCAAUUUAAAAUACCCAUCUUCUACCCCUUCUAUAGUAUACUCAUUAAAUUUAUUGUGCAGUACAUUCUUGUUCUCACUUAUAUCUUAACACACGCCUUUGCACACCUCGUACGAUUCCUCUCGCUGAACAUUGCGAUCAAUUCCUCGGAGUCGACCAUGUUUCUCAUCCUAGUGAUGAGUAACUUCACAGAAAUCAAGUCAACAGUCUUCAAAAAAUUCUCCAAAAUUUCCCUAUUCACAAUUGUUGCUUCAGAUGCAGUCGAGCGCUUCUACCUCUUCAUCGAUGCCUUCCUCGUGUUGCUAAAAAUGUCCACUGCGUACAGAACGCAGAAUUCGUUUUUUAGCAUUUCCAGCUGGCUCAUAAUUAUUCUGCUCCUCGAGGUCGGCGUCGACUGGUGCAAGCACUCCUACUUGCUCAAGUAUAACAAAUUGGACUCGGACUCCCUCAACAAAUACUUCCACACCCUCCUGGCCGACGUCCUAAUUUCCAGAAUCCCCAACAACAACAUCUACUACAUGAACACCUCCUCCUUCGAAGUGCCCUGCAAAAACAUGUUCUGCUUUUCGCACAUCCCCACGCGAAGGCUUGGUUACAUAUCCAUGCCGGUUGUGACUCUCAUCGUGUGUUCCCUCCCAAGAUUAAACUAUUUGUACAACAUCUCUCACUUAUCCUUUGCUUUGUCCAUCUGGGUUUGCCUUUUCCUUUUCAAGAUCAUCCUGUCAGUUAUGAUUGUGUCCUACACGAUAUCCCAAAAGAAGCAUCUUAAAAACCUUGGGAAGCCAUAUGACGAUAUUAGUGCCAUGUGA